AUGUACGCCUGUGUCGUAAUGGAAAGACUUUUCAAAGGAGUUCAUGAUGAAUAUCAAGCAGCAGUGUUCGCUGAAAAUCGAUGUUUCUUUGAAGAGAGAUCCCUCAAAUUAUUGAAUGACAUCUUCCGCAAAAACGCUAACAUCGCCAUAAAUGCCAUUGAAAUCGAUUAUGAAAAGAUCUUCAAAUUGGGAGAAGAUGAGUUCUUUGGCGGGGCGAAGAUCCUGAGAAGAACGAAUACAUACCCGAAGAGAGCAACGACCUGUUGGGGAGGCUGCUGUCGGGUACAAGCUCCCUGGAGUGUACGCAGUGAGGAAGCCUCUAUAGAGCUCAUGGCUGUGGCCUACAGGGCCAAUGCAAUGGUAUCAUACUCAUUCAGUGGAUGUAUCGUUAGGGCAGAAAGUGAAUUUUGUGAUGGAGAUGGUAAUUUUCUUGCCCACAACUGCUGUCAAAGUCUAAUUGAAAGGAGAUGGCAUGGAAAAUUGCGGCUCAGUCCGACAAGGACAUUCAUCAGCUACAUUUUCCCGUGUUUCCUAUACAAAGAAUAUACCUUGCGAAGAUCGAGAGGUCCUGAUCAGCUAAAACCUCCACCAGCUAACGAAAAAGUCGAAAUGUAUCAAUAUCCACAGCAGAACGAUCGAGGAACUAUGUUAGGCCGACUAUCCGAAAAUCCUGCAUUUUCGCGAACUGUCGACCUGGACUCUCCAACACUGGUCCCAUGCGAUGCCGUCACACCGAAUUCUUAUGAGCUGGAAUACCUCAAGGACUCGGGACCGAUGAAACUUCCUAAGAUUGGAUCCCAUGUGAUGAUGUGCUCCACGCCGAAGUUCCCCAUAAGGGAUCAAGUGAGCCCAAAUCGGUCUCCUCCGAGUAGUGAUGAACACAAGCACGACGACGGCUCGUACAUUUAUGAAGGACGUGAACGCAGUUCAAGAUGCCCUUGGAGGAUGCCAUCGUGGCUUUGGUCAACUCUGAAGUUUUACUCCACUACCAAGGCCAAGUUCUUCUACCAUGUGGGUUUCUUCGAAUGGACAUCAGAGCACUUAUUCGGCUUCUGUCGAAAUGUCGUUAUUAUCAUGAACUGCAUAACAGUGGCUGCAGUUGUUAUCCAUGCCGGUCAUUCCGGUGAAGCCAAAGGAAUCUGGGCUGCUUUGGCUACAAUAAGUGAUCUCAUUUUUCAUAUUUCUUUCUUGUUUGCUGCUAUUUCCAUGAUUCGCUAUUUGAGUGUCUUCUACUUUUUUAGUGUUCUCACUUAUAUGUUGAGACGUAUGAUCAGAACUCUUGGUAAAUUUCUACUCAUUUUUGUCAUAUUCUGGGUAAUAUUUGCGGUGUGCCACAUCAGCAUGGCAGAAGAGUACGCUGUGAGAUCGAAUCACUCCUUGGCAUGGAUGAUGUUCCAGAAUGGAGCUUUUGAAAUAUUUGGUGAAGUGGACGAUGAAGAUAAAGUGGGAACGGUCACCGGUUGUGCAGACAUCUCCUGGCGGUCGAUGUGGACUGCGAACACUGCGGAUAUGCGAUGUCUUCUUCGCUCCGCUUUGAUUCCCAUUACAGUAUUUACUUAUAUGCUUGUUGCUAGUAUUAUGCUAGUUAAUCUACUCACUGCUUUACUUUCGAAGGAAUAUGAAGAGGUGUCAGGUGGAGGUUCUGCAGUUUAUUGGAAGUAUGAGAAUUAUUUUCUUCUCGCCACAUAUGAAUCGAAACUAUGGCUUCCACCGCCGCUGUCGUUGAUCUAUUACAUUCUACAUAUGGCUCCAUUUCUGUUUCGAAUCCUCUCUUUCUUCCUUUGCAUUUUUUGUACAUGCUGUUCAAACUUUGUUAUCAAGAAUAACCCUUUCUCGUUCAUUCCCAACUGGCUUGACAGAGUGUUUCGAGCUAUAGAAGGUCGGCCUUGGGGAACUCUGAAACAAAUGCGACGGCAUGUUCACGAUCAAUCUGAUCUAGAGGAAAUUCGCAAAUUGGUUCCUGUAAGGAAGUUACCUAAAGCAGUUGGCAAAUUGUAUUUCUGCCGAUAA